AUGUAUAGGCAUAUACCGGAUCUUUUGCCAUACAUUGAGGAGUGUUUGGGUUUGGGAUGGUUCACCCGGAAUUCCAUCCUGGGAAGCCUCCAUCCUUGGGCCUUCGGAAGCGAAACGGCAGCGGUGAAGGAGUUUGCCUUGGCGGCUGAGAAGCCGGUGCCACACGUCCUGCGCCCUGGUGAAGCUCCAUCCUUGCCAUGGGAGGAAUGGAGCAAAUGGACCUGGAAGGACUAUUAUGAAGACUCGAGGAAGCUUGCCAAGGCCUUCAUGCAUUUCGGUGUGGAGCAGUUCGGGAGCGUCACUAUCUUCGGUUUCAAUGCGCCGGAGUGGGCCUUGAGCGCCAUGGCGGCGAUGAUGUGCGGUGGCAAGUUCGUUGGGAUCUAUUCCACCGACACGGCCGAGCAGGUGCAAUACAAGGUGGAUCACUCCAAUGCUGCAGUGAUGGUGGUGGAUAGCCACGCGGAGUUCGCGGCGACGGUGGCAUACAUCGAGGAGUUGACUUGCCUCAAUGCCAUCUUUUGUUGGGGAACCUUCGAGCCUGCGGUCCUCAAGCGGAAGGAUGGCAGCGAGUGUAAGGUCAUGUCCUUCAAGGAGGCCUUGCAACUCGGCGAGUCUCAGGGCUCCGAUGAGGCCUUGGCGCAGCGCAUGCAGGCCAUGAGGCCGGGCCACGCCAUGGGGAUCAUCUACACCUCUGGGACCACCGGGCAGCCAAAGGCGGUCAUGAUCCAUCACGACUCCGCAGUGGCACAGGGGGCCAUCGGCACCUUGGACAACACCGGCGUGCUGGAUGGAUACCCCGCACGAAUCAUUUCAUAUUUGCCUUUAUCACACAUUGCCGGGUCUUUGAUGGACCUCUUGUUUCCAGUUUACAUGGCCUACACGAAGAACCUUCACAGCACGGUGUACUUCGCUCGGCCCUAUGAUUUGAAAGAGAUGACCCUGGCAGCUCGCCUCCAGUUCGUGCGACCGACGAUCUUCCUGGGUGUGCCACGGGUCUAUGAGAAGAUGCAAGCGAGGAUGAUGGCAGUGGCCUCCACCAUCACAGGCAUCAAGAAGUCAUUGGCAACCUGGGCCAAAGGAAAAGGCUUGGAGUACUGCAGGAACUUGCAGGCGGGUGGCUCCAGGUCCAAGCCCUUCAUGCACACCAUCGCGGCCGGCUGGGCGGGUGGAGCGCAGGGAGCUGCACCCAUCUCUCGGGAGACCUUGGAAUACUUCGGCCAGCUGGGGAUGAUGAUCCAGAACGUCUAUGGCAUGAGCGAGUCUGCAGGUAUUGCCACCCUGUGCCACAAGGACUUCAAUGAGUUUGGCAGCGUUGGCCAGGCGCCGGAGGGUUUGGAGGUCAAGCUCUUCAAGACGGGAGAGAAGGGAGAGAACAUCGAGGUCCCCAGAUGUGCACCUGGGUUGAAAGUGGUGCCUGAGGAGAAUCAAGGCGAGAUUUGCUUCCGCGGACGACACAUCAUGGCGGGCUACAUGGCCAACCCCAGGUUCGGUGAGGAGCAUGUGAAGGACAUCACGGAGAAGAAUGCCUCCACCAUCGACCAAUAUGGCUGGCUGCACAGCGGUGACAAGGGCUACAUGGACACGAACGGCGUGGUGAGGAUCACGGGCCGAUACAAGGAGCUCAUCAUCGGAGCAGGUGGCGAGAAUAUCGCCCCCGUGCCCGUGGAGGAAGCGAUCAAAAAGUCGGCUCCAGCCUUGUCGAACGUGAUGAUGGUGGGCGACAACCGGAAGUACAACGUCGCCUUGGUGACCCUGACUGCCGAGGGCGCCACUGGCGAACUCCCUGGCACCGACAAGCUGGCGGGCGUCGCUUUAGAGGUGAACCCGGCGGUCAAGACCAUCUCUGAAGCCAUCAAGGACCCAAUUUGGCAGAAGUACAUUCAGGAUGCGAUCAAUGUGGCCAACAACGACCCGAACGUUUGCAUCAGCAACGCGUGGAAGAUCCAGAAGUUUGCCAUUGUUCCACGGGACUUUUCAAUCCAAACAGGCAGGAUGGUCCGAGCGGAAAGGAACGGAAGAGGACGGAAGGAAGAAUGA